GCACCAUGCGUGAGAUUGUUCACAUCCAGGCGGGUCAGUGCGGUAACCAGAUCGGCGCCAAGUUUUGGGAGGUCAUCAGUGAUGAACACGGUAUUGACCCCACUGGCAGUUACCAUGGCGACAGUGACUUGCAGCUGGAGAGAAUCAAUGUCUACUACAAUGAAGCCACUGGUAACAAAUAUGUACCCCGAGCCAUCCUAGUGGAUCUAGAGCCCGGCACCAUGGACUCAGUCCGGUCAGGGCCAUUUGGCCAAAUCUUCCGGCCAGAUAACUUCGUGUUUGGCCAGAGUGGUGCCGGCAACAACUGGGCAAAGGGCCACUACACAGAGGGGGCAGAGCUGGUGGACUCGGUGCUGGACGUGGUGCGGAAGGAGUCUGAGAGCUGUGACUGUCUCCAGGGCUUCCAGCUGACCCACUCCCUGGGGGGCGGCACGGGGUCUGGGAUGGGCACGCUGCUCAUCAGUAAGAUCAGGGAGGAGUACCCCGACCGCAUCAUGAACACCUUCAGCGUCAUGCCCUCCCCCAAGGUGUCAGACACUGUGGUGGAGCCCUACAACGCCACACUCUCGGUCCACCAGCUAGUGGAGAACACAGAUGAAACCUACUGCAUUGACAAUGAAGCCCUCUAUGACAUUUGCUUCCGUACCCUGAAACUCACCACUCCCACAUACGGAGACCUCAACCACCUGGUGUCUGCCACCAUGAGCGGGGUCACCACCUGCCUGCGGUUCCCAGGCCAGCUGAACGCAGACCUCCGCAAACUAGCUGUGAACAUGGUGCCCUUCCCACGGCUGCAUUUCUUCAUGCCCGGCUUCGCCCCCCUGACCAGCCGGGGCAGUCAGCAGUACCGUGCCCUGACGGUGCCCGAGCUCACCCAGCAGAUGUUCGACUCCAAGAACAUGAUGGCAGCCUGUGACCCCCGCCAUGGCCGCUACCUGACGGUGGCUGCCAUUUUCCGAGGCCGCAUGUCCAUGAAGGAGGUGGACGAGCAGAUGCUCAACGUGCAGAACAAGAACAGCAGCUACUUCGUGGAGUGGAUCCCCAACAACCUCAAGACGGCCGUGUGCGACAUCCCGCCCCGCGGCCUCAAGAUGGCAGCCACCUUCAUCGGCAACAGCACGGCCAUCCAGGAGCUGUUCAAGCGUAUCUCGGAGCAGUUCACGGCCAUGUUCCGGCGCAAGGCCUUCCUGCACUGGUACACGGGAGAGGGCAUGGACGAGAUGGAGUUCACCGAGGCCGAGAGCAACAUGAAUGACCUGGUGUCCGAGUACCAGCAGUACCAGGACGCCACGGCUGACGAGCAAGGGGAGUUCGAGGAGGAGGAGGGUGAGGAUGAGGCUUAAAUUCAGAACUGAAAGCAGGUUAGGGAAAGAUUUAGGAGGAAUGAAAGGGGGUGGGGGGUGUUCUGAUGAAAUAUCUUGGCAAUUGAAGGAAAAAGCAUGGUUGUAUUUAGGUGUGUCCUGGGUACUCUUCACUGUUGCCCAUCACUGUUUUUGUUUUUUGUUUUUUUGUAAUACUGAUUACAUCAAUGUAACAUUUGCAAUAUUUCUGAUCUACUGCUGUAAUGGCUAAAAUCAUAUAAACAUUUGUGUC